AUGCAUCCCACGUUCCACGGUAUGUACUCCUCAGUGGGAAUACAGCAGCAGGCAAUGGCCACGGGUUAUCUCGCUGGGUCUGCCUUCGACUACAACAUGACAUCUUCUUACCCGCGUCGUCAGUCUGUGUGGCUCGGGGGCACGUCCCCCGCCUUCACGGCCAACGCACCCGCCUACAACCUGGGCUCGCCCCCUACUGCGCCGUCCCCGUACAUGACGCCAUCGGCGUGCGGCGGUGGGUCCUACCAGUUCUCGUCGCCUCAGGGCCCUGCAGCGGUGGCGGGCGGUGCGGCUCCGUGCUACCCGACGGCUGGGUUCCCCUCCCCGGACUUUGGCUGGUUUUCCCUGUCCUCCCAGCACGAUCUGUACAAGAUGGUCAGACCGCCGUACUCCUAUUCAGCACUCAUUGCCAUGUCUAUCCAGUCGGCCCCCGAUAGGAAGAUAACGCUCAGCGGCAUCUACAAGUACGUGGCGGAGAAUUUCCCCUUCUACAAGAAGUCCAAGGCGGGCUGGCAGAACUCGAUUCGUCACAACCUGUCGCUCAACGAUUGCUUCGUCAAAGUAGCCAGGGCAGACAGCGAUCCCGGUAAGGGACAUUACUGGACCCUUGAUCCCAAUUGUGAGAAGAUGUUUGAUAACGGUAAUUUCCGCAGGAAGCGCAAACGCCGCGAGAACAACAGCAAAACCGACGGGCAGGACCUGCACAAGAGUUCCAAACUGUCCACGAUGGCUGACGAGGUUUUCAACAGCUCUGCUAAUUUGGUGAAGAUGUCUGCCUCGUCACCCGUCCUGACCCCUGAGUUCCCCUUCCCAAACCCCAUGGGGCAGGAGGAGAGCGCUGGUCCCCUGCCGGAGCGCAAGCCGUGCCUCUAUCAGUCUUCUCCCCAGAGCGACAACCUCCUAGCAUCUUUUGCAGCAUUUGCCAACAAGCAGUUUGCCGAACUCAGGCAGCAGGGCGGAGGCAAGGCAGCUGGCACAGGGACGCUGGCCACUGUAGCAGGUCCCCGCCAGGAUCGGCUGAAACCAGAGUGCGAGAAAGCCGUUCCUUCUGGAGGCGAGAGCACGGAUGGCCCAGGACAAGGAGUCGGUGCCCACGGUGCUUCGCGCUACGGGUUCAGUGUCCGCAGUCUGCUCGGUCAAGCAUACCCACAUCAAAACAUCAAUGACUGA